CGCGUCGUCCUCGAGCACCAUCCCAACAACUCCGGUCACAUUACAGCCAGGCCGCCAGGGCCGAGCUGAAAGAACGUCUUCAGGCUACUCCAACAACUUGACCGGUCCCGAGGGUUCAGGAAAGACGUAGGACACCGAAAAUGCAUAAUCAUGCCUGACGUUCCAGGGCAUGGCUUUCUGUUAUGCAUCAGCUCAGAACCACCGCCGCUACCUGGUUCAGCACAAAGUAAUGGCUCAAUCCCUACAGCCGGCCGCACGCGUCCCUCCCUCACGAGAAAGUCCAUAAUGUUGGUCACCACGUACUUCUCGGGAUUACAUGCAAGACACAGGACUGCUUUUCGGACGUUGUAUUUCAGAAUCUCUUGCCUGAAGAUCUCGAACCAUUAUAGUAUAUUCGAAUUAGUGUCAUUGCCGGGGGAACGCUGCUCUUCGGUCGAUGCGAAAUUCCGUUCUUUUGGACGUCAGCAUCAAGGAUCAGGUGUAGCUCUCGGGGCUCGCGGCCAUCAGAGACACCCAUCAACUGCAGGUUUUACAUCAUUGAGCGCCUUGUCUCAACGCCGUUCACAGAGUCCUCUCGAGGUGAAUCCCCCAUGGACUUUGCUUUGUCUUGUCAGCUACCAUCGUUCCUCGGUGAAACACCAUGGGGUGUCUCUCCGCAUUUUCCCAACCCCGCAGCCCGUCGACGGCCAUCGGGGUCCAUUCCCCAGCAUGGUACUGUCACACGAGCAUACAGUAUGUAUUGCCUCUGUCUAUCCAAAUUCCAUUACAUCAGUGUCACCUGCAGAACUCUCCGUCGGAUCAGCUAGUUUUUUAGAGCCAGGCCAGUAAUCCUUGUUAGCAUAUAACACCAGAACAAAAUUGCAGGCUAGAUGGCCACAAUUAGCUGUUUAUGGGAAUGUACAUACUCAUUCUGACAUUGUUUCAAGUUCUCCCUGUGCUUCACUGUUCGUGGGUACCAAUGCAAACCAGAUGUCACCACAAUGGCACAUGAGUCCAUCAUAACAGUGUGUGCCAACAACUUGCCAUCUGGAUUUUGCACCUGGCAUCAGUAAACCACUUUGUGUGCUGGCAGUCCUAGGGAAUCUGUCCAGUGCUGGACAGCUCUGGACAGCUCUGGCCAGCAAAAGUGAUUUACUGAUG